AUGUUUAAGGCUACUAUUAAUGACUGGUUGAUUCGGUUGAAGUUGAAAAGCGCCCACGUCAUAUUCGACAAUGAAGAGGAGGAGAAUAUUGGGAAGCCAAGAGGCCCUAUCGGACAUCCGGACUAUUGGGAUAAGGCUCUUUGCGAAGAAGGAAAAGGAGGAAGAGCAGGCUUCACUCUGGUAAAAGUUGGCAGUAAAGAAUGGAACAAAGAAAUGAAAAAGAUAGAGUUGAAAGCUGAAUUCCACUUCUACACUGAUGCUUACAAAAAGAAGGAUUUGGAUCAAGAUUGGCUUCAUGAUGGGAAAAAAGUCUGUGAAGCGGAAAUCCUCAUCCUUCUUCGAAAUCAACCUGGAACUUUUCUGGUUACACGAAGAAAAGGAGUUGGUUCAGAGUACAUGCUGCACUCCUGUGGCGAAAAUGGGAGGGUAUAUGUAAGAAAAAUUGCAACUGGUCCUCACAAAAACAGAUGGUGCUAUACUGUCAGAGAAGCAAUUGUCUAUAGUGUAUCAAUUUCGGGCCUCAUCGACUACUUGAAAGAGAAAGAAAUCAAGUUGAAUGGAGCUGUUCUUGAUAAACACGUCGCUCGCACUCCCUGUUAUGAGUGCAAAGAGAUCUUUUGUCAAUGCCCAUCUACUUAA